AGGUUUCUUCCUCUUUUGAUCGCUCAGGAACCAUUUUUGCUUAUGCCGUCGCCUACGAUUGGUACAAGGGCUACAGUGGUAUGGUUGCAAACCAUCCCAACCAGAUCUUUCUACACGCUUGUAAGGAUGAGGAGAUCAAGAAACGACCAAAGAACUGGUGGACGCCACCUUCCCGCCAUUCAUUCAGUCUCGCAAAUCUCCCAAUUGUCUUCUCAGAAAUCGGGGAGUGUAGCAUGGUACUGAGAGCAAAACGACCUCCACACACACUGGGGAGAGAAGAAGAGGAUGAUGACGCGAAAUUUCUUUAUCGUUUAUUUUUUACUGCUGUCGCCGGCCAACCGCGGCGCACUGUGCGUACCAUUAUAGAAUGAGCCGCAGUAGAGGAGGAGUGAAGUAGAGUAGAAAUGAGCGACACAAAGAGGACAGAAUGGCCUUUGGAUUGAAGGGAACAUUGAAGUGAUACAGCACCUGGCGUAAGAGUUUAUUUCACAUUUGGUCUUGAUUGAGGGG